UCUUCCAGGAAGAGCUCUCCAACUGCUGGAGAGACAAUGCACAGUUGCUUUCAUCCGGAAUAACGCACGUCUCGCGACUGCUCAUUCCCCUCGCAUUCCAAUACAUGGGUAAAAACAUGAAUGACCAGCUGCUCAAUGGAUGGAUUAAGGACAUGAAACAUGUGAGAGACAUGCUGCACACGAAAUUAAGGGGUUGGGAACGCGAUGUUCAGUAUAUCAGGGAGCAGGUAGCGAACUAUGCGCUGGAAGAAGACAAGAAGGUUCCUGGAAGCUACAUACUUAGAUGAGAAGUGGCAGCUGGAGGACCAAAGCAACGCCGUGCUCAACGUGGACACUGACUGCCUGCAGAUGUUGGCUGAUGUCCUGGAGCACCCCACGUGCCCACUGGACGACCUGCCACCGGAGACCAUCCAGCAGCACCUACAGUGCCGCCAGCAGCUGUGGGGCGACGUGGUGCAGAGGUCGCCCCACAUACCCGUGACCAGCUACCUGGCCUACACGCAGAGGGUGAACGUCAACCUCUGUCUGCUGGCCUGGAUGGCAGUCAACUCGUACAGCAUUUGUCAGGACGUCCCAUUCAGUAUCAUGCAAUCCGUGCACGACGCUCGCUGCUACUUCGAUAGUCCUGACGACCAGUCGUGUAUGGAAUCGAACACCACAGACGCCCUCUGCUCUGUCUCCAGAGCUAUUCUGCUGCUCACGUGUCGCGACUUUUCUUUCCAUGAAUCUCCUGAGCUGUGUGCCGUCAGAUAUUACGGAGCUGGACUGUACCCAAAUGACUUCAAAGCAACGUGGUCAAAUCCCCUCAGAGGUUAUGUAAAGCCAACAGAAAGGACACUGAGUUACAAAGAGAGUUUACAUAGUGGCACCUUGAAAUACAAAAAUUUUAAAAUCGACAGGUUAAAACCUUUAGAAAUAUCGUUCGUAGUGGUAAAUAUUCUUUUCCGUUUUUUGACUGCCGGACUAUACAUGCGCCUUCCACAUUUACGUAAUCUGCCUGGAAAGAUUUUCUUGUCCUUCCAGAUCACGGGUAUAGUCCAGAUCCUGUGUUCUGAGGUCGUUUAUCGGAUGGCAGGCGUCCCCGACUUAUCUGUAAUGGUACUGAUCGAUAGCGCCCUCACAUUUCUCAGCUGUAUCUGGCUAAACUCAUUCUGCUACCACAUGUACGCUUGUGUUCGUCAUCUGAGGCUUCCUAACGAGCUAGCACCUACUGAAGCAAGCCGGAUAUUCCGUCGCCAGGUGCUGUGUGUGCUAAUACCCUGGAGUAUAGUAUGCGCAACGUGUAUCGCUUUGGAAAAAACGGCCAGGUACUAUCUGAUCUAUAGUCGGAUAAUAUUCCUUAGGGCGAUUUCACUAUCGAUAUCUUUCAACUUGGUUUGUCUCGGACUGGUGGGAAUCAUGUACUACGAUCUGGUCGCUGGCUUACUCGCUUUAUAA